AUGAGGAUACCUCCGAUAGGGCGUUGGAUUUCACCGGCUCCGGGUGUUAUAAAGCUCAAUUCCGUUGGCGCUAUUGAUCCCAUUACAAGAACUGCUGCAGUGGGAGUUAUUGCUCGUGAUGCCUCUGGGAAUGUUCUUGGUGGCUUAGCUAUCCCCACUGUUGGUUGCUUCGAAGCUAGCCUCGUGGAGUUCCAUGGCCCUGCUGCAGCUGUGAAUUUUUCUUUAAAGGAAGGAUGGCAGCAUGUCUUUUUCGAACUGGAUUGUUCUGUGGUUGUUACCAAGUUCAAUCGCAUGGAAGGAGACGCUUCUAUGUUGGGAAUUCACAUGCAACCUAUUAGGGAUAAUUGUAAUGCUUUUAAUAGUUGUAGUGUGGUUUAUGCACCACAGGAUGCUAAUAGAGUGGCCCACAAUCUUGCUAAAUACUCUUAG